AUAUUUUCUUUUUAAUUACAGUAGAAAGUUUAUCUGCAUCAGGUGUUAUUAUCUUAUGUGAUUUUAUAGUGUUUUCCACGAAAGAGGAAGUGCCCUCAGCAUUCUAACCGUAUUACUUCCGGUACACGAGAACACAAGACCGGUGCCUGAUCCGAUAAAUUAUGAUAUCCACUCUUUCAAUAGCUAAAACAUAAUAAUACUACGUGAACUAUGUUUGAACAACUUGUUUUGAGACUAAUUCAUUGUAUUUUAUCAUUUGGAGUGUUUGUAAAACAAUGUACAAGUUAUUUUAUACAUUUCGGCUUGGUUUUUAAACAAAAAUCGUCAGUCGACUUUAUCAAAGCUGAUGCAAGGCAGAUAAACAAGUUGCCAGUACAUAUAGGAAUAGUUGUUUUAGAAGAGAAACUUUCAUACACAGAUAUAGCUAACAUUAUAAUAUGGUCACUAGCGUUAGGAAUAUCUUGCAUCAGUGUUUAUGAUGUAAAUGGAGAAUUUAAAAGAAAUCAUGCUGUUUUAAAAGAGGUUGUAGCAAAGAAACAGAAAGAAAUCUUACAUGAUGAAAGCACAAAAUACAGUAUAUGUUUGCAUACCAAUAACCAGACAGAUUUAUAUUUAGAAAAUGGAUAUAGUAAUAAUUGUAAAAUAGAUAUACAACUUGUGGGUCCUGAAGAUGGUAGGAGAGAACUAGUCAAGUUAGCACAAAAUUUAUCCAGAGAAGUAGCAACACAUCAGCGAAAGUUGGAGGACAUUACAAUACAGCAUAUAGAUAGCAUUUUACAAGGAACAAAUAAGUUUCCAGAUCCUGACCUUAUCAUAAGAUUUGGAACAGUUGAUUCAUUAUUGGGAUUUUUACCCUGGCAAAUAAGACUUACAGAAAUUUUGACACAUCAAACACAUGAUGGAUUGACAUACAAAUCAUUUAUAUCAUUAUUACACUCUUAUGGAGAUACAGAUCAGAGAUUUGGAAGAUAGCAUAGUCACAUUAGAAUUGUUACUAUCAUAGCAUUUUAGUCAUCCAGAAUACUUACUGUGAAUGGAAGGGGGAUGGAUCUAGGAGUUGUCAUAAAAAUAUAAUAUAUAAAAAAAAUCACAAAUUAA